UCUUCCACUCGCUUCUCUUCUUUCUCCCUCGAAUCCUCAGUCCCAGUCACAAAUGGCUGUGUCUUCCAUCUGUGAUCAUCACCAUCCCACAAAACCCUAGAAAAAUGGUGACACCAAACGAAUUCCUCUACUCUUUCAUUUCACCACUGAAAAUCCUCUUCGACUCUCUCAGAAUCCUCCUCCACAACAAGCUUCUCUUCUGCUCCAUCUUCCUCCUCACCACUCUCCCUCUCUCCUUCCUCUUCUUCACCCUCACAAUCUCCACCCACUCCCUCCGCUACCAGAUCUACCACCUCCAAGCCCUCGCUCGCGUCGUCUCCACGCGCGUCGAGUCUGGCCACGUCUUAGAAGAGUCCCGUGUCAACGCCAUCUCGCUCAUCCGCACCAGAGGCGUCUUCUCGCUCCUCUCCUUCCCUCUCUCCCUCGCCGCCUCUGUCUCCGCCGUACACGCCACAAUCUCAUCAUUCAACGGCAAGCACGCAUCUGUUUCCUCCGCGAUCACCGCCGUUAAAACAACCUGGAAGCGCCCUUCGGUAACCGCCAUCUUCGCAUACACGAUCCUCUUCGCGUUCUCCCCCGUGCCGCGUGUCCUCGCGUUCGUCUUCCCCGCGGCGAGGUUACCGAUCCUCGCCGUCGGGUCGGUCGUGGAGGUUUACCUGAUGGCGGUGAUGAGCCUCGGAAUUGUCGUCUCCGUCGCGGAGGAGAGGCUAGGAUGGGAAGCUGUAACUGUCGGGUCGGGUUUGAUGCGGGGGAGGCGGGUUUGCGGGUGGGUUUUGUCGGGUCUGUUUGUUUUGGUUUCGGGUUUGAUUAAUCGUAGGGUGGAGGAGUUGUUGGAGGGUGAGGAUUCGAUUAGUGUUUGGGAUCGGACGGUUCUGAUUUGUUGGUAUGGGUUAGUGGUGCUUUUGAGUUAUGUGAUUACCACUGUGUUUUACUGUGAUAGUAGGAAACGUCAUGCAAUUAGAGAACCUCAAGUGGAAGAAGAUGAUGAUUGUGAGGGUAGUGUUUUGGUUGGAUCCUCACUGUAAUUUUUUGGAAUUUUUUUUUUUACUGUUUUGAUAAUUUGUAUUUUGUUUUUUCUGUUUUCACUUUUCAGGUUAAGUGUAUGUAAUUUGGUGCCAUAGCUUUUAUCGAACAUUCUUCUUUGAAUAA